CUAUGAUGUUUGGGUAUGGUUCAGUGAUUAUGCAUGAUUGGUUGAUGGUUGAUUUUUGCUGUUCCUUCCUUCCGUCACUAAUUUUCAUUUUACUACGAUUUGCUUCCUUUAGUUCAUUAAUGUAUGUUUGUGUAGGAGGAGGAUUAGAUGGUACAGGAAUCAAUCAAAUCCAUUUUACCAGUUUAGGGUAUUCAUUUUUCGUAUAUACCACAGUGCUUCUUUUGCUACGCUACUAUUGCUCGUAGGAUCGCCAUCGCCCAGCAGACAAGAAGCCACGGUGUCGGCGGGACUCUAAUUUACUCAUCCUCGGAACUACUUGAAAUGGCGGCGGCUGUGUCACAUUGGCGGCGGCGGCGGUCAUCUCUGUGUGCUGCACUCGUGGUUGUGGGUGCUGUCAUCGUCGCAUUCUUCGGGGUGUCUCCUUGCAAUGCCUUGUUGUUGUCGGAAGAAGCAGAAGAGGAUAACAAGUCUCUUGUUUCCCGAAUUGCCUUCGGAUCCUGCGCCAACCAGAGCGCUCCCCAGCCCAUAUGGGAUGCAAUCAUCGACUUCAAUCCCCAUGUAUUUAUCUGGCUGGGCGACAACAUAUACGGUGACAUCCGCCGUCCCUUUAGGCUUUUCGGCAAACAAAGAACUAUUGGUCCUUGGAAGAAUGUUCCCCGUUUCAUCCCUUCCUCCGAGCAUGAAAUGCAGUCUAGAUAUCUCCUGGCUAAAAACUCUCCCGGUUACUCUCGUCUUCGCCUCAACACCAAGGUUAUUGGCACUUACGACCAUGAUUAUGGACUAAACGAUGCCGGCAAGGAAUUCAGUGCCAAAAUCACCAACCAAAGGCUUUUGCUAGAUUUCCUGGACGAGCCCCAAGAUAGUCCCCGGCGCAAGCAAGCUGGUGUCUAUGCAUCGUACACAUUUGGCCCAAGGGGUAGACAAGUCAAGGUUAUUCUUUUGGAUACUAGGUACCAUAGAGACCCUUUAUUUAGUGAUGGAAGUAUCGUGGGAAGUCUGCAAUGGGAAUGGUUGGCGAAGGAGUUAAAAGGUCCUGCCACAGCCAUUACUAUCAUCGGAUCUUCUAUACAGGUGAUAUCAAACCUGUCAGCAACCACUGGCCCUUUGUUUUACAUGGAGUCCUGGGGUCGUUUUCCAAAAGAAAGAAGUCGUCUUUUUGAAUUAAUAUCUGAGAGUAAGAGGGAAGGGGUGUUCUUCAUCAGUGGGGAUGUUCAUUUUGGGGAAAUUACAAGAUAUGAUUGUGCAGCUGGAUACCCCUUAUAUGAUAUAACAUCAAGUGGGAUUACCCAGGCUGUGGAGAAGGCAGUCCCUUCACCACUUCAUUUCCUUGUGAGAUUUGCGGCACGCUUGACUCCGAGUACUAUGAGAGUGAUGGAUAGAGGCUGCAGCUACAGUUCAUGUACGUAUGGGAAGCCAAAUUUUGGAAUAGUUGAGAUUAAUUGGGAUACUGCUCCUGUCAAUUUGAAAUUCGAAGUGAGGGAUGAAAAUGGAGAUACUGUUAUUGGAGUGAAUACCUCAUUAUCACAAUUGAAAGCCCAAAGGACGGAAUCUAAGUUUACCAAGGUAGAAGGGAAAUAUAAAAACCAUUGCCUUUUGGAAGUUGAACUGCCAUGGAUGAUCAGAUAUCGGUUGGCCAUCAUGUUCUUUUGCACUGUAGGAGCCGAUGUCUCCAAAAGUGCAAGCUUGAUUGAAAAAUUGAAUGGCGAUCCUCAGAGUUGAUGUUAUCCUGAUCAAACGAAUUGAGAGUUAUUCACUUUACAAUCCAGCUCAACUCCAAGAUAGUGCCACAUAUGCAAAACUCCGUCUGCUUAUUUCCAUUAGAUUUAUAUUGGUAGACGACUUACUUAUUAAUUUACUUUGCGGUGCGCUCUAACUCAUUUUGUCUUGGCCUUUACAAGUACUGGGAACAAUCAUGUCACCGAGUGUCAUUACUUUGGUAAUCUGUCUUGAUCAGUCAUUAGGUCCAUCUGCUUAUGGAUGGAUGUACCACUUUAACCCGUUGUGAUUCAGCUGUGACAAGAACGACCAUGAGCUGCAACAACAGCUAUAGGGCGGGGCAACCACAGCAUUCACCGACUUCAACCUUUCUGACAAGUGAAACUGCUGCAAUUAGUUCAAACUACUUUUGAGCGGAGUGUCUGCUAGUCAGUUCUAUUCUGCGCCAAAUCAAGUUUGCCCCGCCAAUAUAUGACAGGUGAGUUUUGUUAAACAAAAAAUUAGAUGCAUGAGACAGCAAGCUGUGCUUUCGUUGGCUAAUAAUGACUGAAAUUGGGCAUAAUUUAUGUACUACAACUUGGGCGGAGUUUGGCCCCCGGUCAACUCUUGGUACUCCACGACACUUUUUUUUUUUUUUUUGGCUCAGUGAAAAUUAGCUCUUACAUUGAAUUAAAAAGACAUUCAGUGCAAUUAUCGU